AUGAGUGGGUUUGAAGCAUCCACAUCUGAUGAAUUGAUUAGAGAUAAAUGCAUCAUUAACGAUAGAUUGUGCAAUGUUCUGUUUGAUUCUGGUGCAACGCACUCCUUUGUUUCUAUGGAUUUUGUGAAUUGUAUUGGAUUGCCAAUAUCUUCCCUGCCAUGUGAUGUUAUUGUGUCCACUCCUACAGCUAAGCUUGUUGUAACUUCUUCUAUGUGCUUAGGUUUUUCUAUAAUGAUUCAUGGUAGGAAUUUUUGUGGGGACUUAAUUUGUUUACCGCUUUCUCAACUAGAUAUUGUUUUGGGCAUGGAUUGGCUGCCAUCCAAUCUUGUUCUGUUAGAUUGUAAGGAGAAAGCUUUAAUCUUUGGUGAUGAUACACCGGGAAAAUUUAGACUCCUAAAUAUGGGUGAAGCCAAAAACGUGGAUGAAGCUAAGGCUUUCAUGGUACUGUUCUCUGCUAAGAUUAAUAAGGCCAUGAAAGCUGCACAUAUUCCAGUGGUGCAAGAUUUUUUGGAAGUUUUUCCAAUGGAUGUGACAGAAUUAUCACUAGAAAGAGAAAUUGAAUUCACUAUCAAUUUGAUUCUGAAAGCAAGCCCAGUAUCUAUCACACCUUAUCAAAUGUCACCAAUAGAGUUAGCUGAAAUGAAAAAGCAAGUGGAAGAUCUAUUAAAAAGGCAAUUUGUAAGACCAAGCGUGUCACCAUGGGGGGCUCCAGUACUUUUGGUAAAAAAAGAAGGAUGGAGCAUGGGAAUGUGCAUUGAUUAUCGCAGUUAA